AUGGCUGUCGCGCCUCGAAUAAAUCUUGACGCGAGGCAGACGGCGGACUGGAGAGAACACACGACGUCCACGAGAUUACGGCUGCGGCGUUGCGCUCAUUGUCAUCUCCACGGAAUAAAUACUACGGUGCAUCAGGUCGCCCGGCUAGAAAUUAAUUGCCGCGUACGCGUCGGCUGCAGGCGCCGUGGGGCGCGGGCCCCCCCGGGCGGCCCGGUCGACCGGCCGGCGGCGGCGGGCGCACGCUUGCCCGCACUGCCCCAAGUGGUUCCCGUCGCCGUCGCAGCUGCUGUCCCGUCAGCCCAAUCCUGGCUCACGCGGCAUGUAAAUAACUUCCUGCAAGGAGGAGCAGGACGCCACCAGUUAAUAUGGGAGUUGAAAGGCCCUGGUUGCCAUGCUCGAGUGGCCCACGACUUUGACGCCCGCCAUCGCAGGACCACGAGGGCGAAGGAAUCUGAAGAGCCACGCCUCUACCUUGCCCUCGGAGGGGAAGCAGCUCUUGACCUGCAGCGAGUGCACGACCGUACAGCUGCGACAUGCAGGAAGCCUGGCCCGUCACAGGCGCGGUCACACGGGCGAGCGCCCGUAUGCCUUUCAUCUCGCGUCGGCACACGGGGGAGCGACCCUACCACUUUCAUGCAGGCACGCAUGCGGAGGAGCACCCGUAAACUGGCCUCGCCCCUGCUUCCCGAAAAGAAACUUGCAGGAGCAUCAAAUCAUCCUGCCGGUUUGUCGUGCAAUUAG